GUGGCUGCAAUUGGGGCUUUCAUUUGUAUAGCCAUAGAGUUUCUGUGGUUGUCAGCUCACCAUAAUUUACUGGCAAGUUAGAAUGGUGUCCCUUGCCUGACAUCCGUGUUGCAUACCGUGGAUUACCGUAUUCCAGCAUAUCCCACCGGACGCUGAACCCACCCUCUCAAUACCCUGUUCCCUGCGCAACCCUCUGCUCUAUCUGUCCAAAAUCGGGGAUAAUCCCUCUAUGAUUAUAAAAACCUGUGCUCCUCGGUUGUUUCAAUAAAAAGAAAAAGAAAGAAUAAUAAUCUUGGUCCCUUAUGUGUCGACUUCCUUGGGACGUGCCAAGUCAAAGUACCAGCCAAGAAAGCUUUCUUAUAUAACUGCCCUCAUAACAAGUCACUAGCUUCAGCAUGUCUUUAAUUCCUUACAGCUCAAACGAUACUCGGAGCGUGGUUCUGUGAGUUCCUGUCGUCAAAGAGUUUAAUAAUGGGUUGGCCAGAGCUUCCGCUAACGAAUCACCCUAGUCGCCACCAGCAGACACUCGUGGUUUACGAUCCUCAAUCACGUCAAUUAGCUCUCUGCGAAGCAUCCUCGCCACUUAGCCCUCCCGCUCCUGUCGAGUUCUGUCCAUUGUGCAAACGCCCCCUCGGUGAUGAUUCGCACAGAGAGGAUGGCUCUCCAGACCGGUCUGCUCCGGGUAUGGGGCAUCGGACAUCCGGUAGUAUGGCGGAAUCCGGCUUCGUUGAUCAGGAAUAUUUCCGAAUGCUUGGUUCCGGGUCCGUAUGUCCGGAACAUCGUUUGAGUCAAGUAAUUAAUUUAUUCAAGUAGUAUGCCCGUGACAGAUGAACCCGGUGAACCGGAGGCUGCUAUGAGACGACAGCCGCCAAGUCCAACUAGACGGAGGUUACCGCGAGCGGAGGUAGAAGAAGAGGAUGAGGAUGGUGAUAUGGAUGAAGAGUUGGUAGCUGGGAGUGCGCCUCCGGCUGCGGGUGGCAUUAGUGAGGCAGCGUUUAGUCCAAAGUAUUUCGAAAGGCAUGGGAACGAUCUAGUGGCCUGUGCUUGAGAUAUUCGACUAAUUCGAGUUGCUAGGUUCUUCGUAAUAGAGAAAGAAUUGGGGAGGGGAGGGACCGGUGUGGUUCUACUUGUUCGCCACCUUCUUGAUGGUGUGUCGCUGGGCCAUUUCGCAUGCAAACGUGUUCCAGUUGGUAUGUCUCCCUACCUACACCCCAUAGCUCCUGGCAUGUCCCUGAAACUUAUUUCUUAGGUGACAAUCAUAAGUGGCUUGAAAAGGUUCUUAUGGAAGUUCAACUUCUGCAACAACUAUCGCAUACUAACUUGGUAUCCUAUCGCCAUGUUUGGCUUGAAAACGUUCAUCUCACAAGUGUGUCUCCACACCUCUCCGGGGUUCGUGCGGAUAACUGACAAAUUUUUUCGCAGCCUUUGGACCAAGCGUGCCUUGUGCGUUCAUACUGCAACAGGUAAAAUUUCCAUCGCCUUCAGAUGAAAUAUACGGCUAAUUCUUUGUUGAAACAAAGUACUGCAAUUCGGGUGACCUGCACAACUACCUUCUAAGUGCUGCUAAGCAAACCACGAAGGAGCAAUUGAAGGACCAAAUGAGACGACGUUCCCGGGGAGAACCAGAUCCAUCCUUAGAUCUCAACAAGCCACGCAAACUCCCGUUUGAGCAGAUAAUAUCCUUCUUUCGAGAUAUUGCCUCCGGUCUAAACCAUUUGCAUUCAAACGGGUUCAUUCACCGAGAUCUCAAGCCUUCAAAUUGUUUACUCAAUGACACUGGGGUCCCCGGUCAGGAGCUUAGGGUUCUGGUAAGUGAUUUUGGAGAGGUGCAAAUGGAGAGUGCAGCGAGAAAGUCAACAGGGGCAACUGGCACAAUAUCCUAUUGUGCCCCUGAAGUUUUACGAAAAGGUUUCUAUAUCAAGUAUUACCUAUCCCAAUUUUAAAUAUAACUAACGUGUCACCUCAAGUUGCUCCUGGUGGAGAAUAUGAGAACUUUACUGCAAAAUCCGACAUUUUCUCCUUAGGAAUGAUCUUGUACUUCAUGUGCUUCGGUAAUCUGCCUUAUGUCGGUGCUGAUAUGAUGAACGAGGAGAACGAGAACCUGGAUACCUUGCGGGAGGAGAUCAUGGCAUGGCCAGGCCUUGAUGAAAGAACAAGGCUCAGACCUGAUUUGCCCGAGAGACUUUAUCAGUCUUUGAUGGCGCUGAUCAGUCCAGACCCCAGUGUUCGGCCUACGGCAGAGGAAAUACUAAUGGGCAUUGAGAUGCAAGAAGGCACCCCUUUGGUAAGAAUUGAAUCCUCAUUCUAACUCUUAUUUGAGUUUCUGCCUAAUGACAUGUAGCGCCGGGGUUCUUCCGUCUCGCAGAAGAAGCCAGCCAUCGUUGCAGAUGAUCGGAAUCUCAUUGGUUUCCGUCGAAUCUCUCCUGUUGCAGAUACACCUCCACCUUCAACUCCUGUAGGAAGCCCGUCCAUGCGCCAGGGUUACGAUACCUUCAAGAGAUCACCCAAACCACGACCAGUGAUGAAGGUUCCUAAAAGGGCGUCAAGGCUUGGUGUUGGGUCUCGGCCGGGGGAGAGUCCCGCUUCGGGCUCCGUUAUUAGCACUCAGAUUGCCCGAGAUUCGGAAUCGUCGUUGGUGUUGAGGUCGAGGCUGGAAGCAAUGAAGUCACCCGGAGUCUUGCCUGGAGUCGUGCCUUGGAGGAUUAGGACCGGGGUGUGGUUAGCACGCGCCCAGUGGUAUUUGCUCUUGAAGUUGGGGACCUUCUUGAUCAAGGCAGGCUGUCAACCUCAUAAGGGUUGUGGUGUACGCUGACAAGUCACAUAGGUUGCAACCUUGACAGGGCCAUGCUCCCCCUCAGCUACGAAGCCUUGUUUUUUUUAUCCCUUGCUUUCUGUGGCGGCGUUGGAUUUCGCAACGUAUGUAUCUCUCUGGCUCCUUUUGUCUCCGCUUAUUACUAACUCGGAUUUCUCUCAGGCCCUCCUUCUUUGCGACAAUUAUCUUACUUGCUGUUCACGUAGUAGUCUUGCUUCUGGUUAAUGCUUUUGGGUCUGUUUGCAUGGUGAAAGCUAUUUAGUGAACCCCGCCACCAGGUUUGAGGCAUGAGUUGCAUGAGCUUAAUGGCGUUGGGGUCUUCAGGGUUAUUCUAUGCUACAAUGUCCAGAGGUGUACCAUAUGAAAAGCUUGUGGUGAAAAAGCCUACUCCACAUUAAUCGUAGCGCUUACAAUGUGUGUAAUCGAUGGAGCGCCUCACGGUGGAUUGUAGGUAACUGUUAAUUUGGCGCUGUACUGGUACCGGAGCUAGUGCUACGGUAGUACUGGAUCAACAUGAAUUCCUGAAUGUGCCACAAGUAUAGUACUAGUACUCGUGCAACGAGACAACAUAAUUUUUGGAGGACUCAGAUAGCAGAAGGGCUGUGCAUGAAUAUUACCGCGCUUUUGUUAGCAUCUCUACGUAUUAAAUUAAAAGCACAUAAGAGUCGCUAGCUAGAUGGGUUCCGAUUCGCUGCAAUGUUUAUGCGUCUGGUGAAGAGGAUCCAGUCAUGGUGAAGCUCAAUGCAGGGGCAUGGAUUGAGCAGAGCCUCCCCGGCAUACUCCAUGGGUGUGU